ACAGGCUGUCGACUGAGCUCCACAGAGCUCCGCAGCAAUUCAGCCCCACAAGGACAGGCAGACGGAACCAAGACACCUCUGAGCCCGCGAGCACGAUCGGUGCCUCUCAGGAAGAUGCAGGUGCUCAUGGUGCUGCUGGCCUCGGCAGGCUUGUGCCUGGGCCUGCUGGCAGCACCCUCGGAAGACACGAACCCUGCCCAACUGGCCACCCACCGGCGCCAGAAGAGGGACUGGAUUUGGAACCAGAUGCACAUCGAUGAAGAGAAAAACUCCUCGCUGCCCCAUUAUGUGGGCAAGAUCAAAUCAAGUGUGAACCGCAAGAACGCCAAGUACCUGCUCAGAGGAGAUUUUGCCGGCAAGAUCUUCCGGGUCAAUGAGAACUCAGGGGACGUGUUUGCCUUUGAGAGGCUGGACAGGGAGAAGAUCCCUGAGUACCACCUCACUGCCCUCGUGGUCGACAAGGACACCAAUGAGAACUUAGAGUCUCCUUCCAGCUUCACCAUCAAAGUUCACGAUGUGAAUGACAACUGGCCUGUGUUCACGCACCGGUUGUUCAAUGCCUCUGUGCCAGAGAUGUCAGCCGUGGGGACCUCGGUCAUCCGUGUGACAGCCGUCGAUGCAGAUGACCCCACUGUGGCAGACCAUGCCAGUGUCAUGUACCAAAUCCUUAAGGGAGAAAAAUAUUUUGCUAUUGAUGGUUCUGGAUUCAUUUUCACGGCAACCAAAAACUUGGACCGAGAGACGCGGGCCAAGUAUGAGAUCGUGGUGGAAGCACGAGAUGCCCAGGGCCUCCGAGGGGACUCAGGCACAGCGACAGUGCUGGUCACUCUGCAGGACGUGAAUGACAACUUCCCCAGCUUCACCCAAACCAAGUACACGUUUUCGGUGCCUGAAGACAUCCGUGUGGGCAGCUCCUUGGGCUCUCUGUUUGUUGAGGACCCAGAUGAGCCCCAGAACCGGAUGACCAAGUACAGCAUCGUGCAGGGCGAAUACAGGGACACCUUCACCAUCGAGACGGACCCCAACCACAACGAGGGCAUCAUCAAGCCCAUGAAGCCCCUGGACUAUGAACACAUUCGCCAAUACAUCUUCACCAUCGAGGCCACGGAUCCCACCAUCAACCUCCAGUACCUGAGCAGCGCCUCCCCCAGAAAAACCGCCCGAGUCAUCAUCAACGUCACAGAUGUGGACGAGCCCCCCGUCUUCCAACAGUCCUUCUACCACUUCCAGCUGCAGGAGAACCAGAAGAAACCUCUGAUCGGCUCAGUGAUGGCCAAAGACCCUGAUGCAGCUCGACUGAACAUUGGAUACUCCAUCCGCAGGACCAGUGACAAGGGCCAGUUCUUCCGAAUAACCAAGCAAGGGAACAUUUAUAAUGAGAGAGAACUGGACAGAGAAGUCUACCCCUGGUAUAACCUGACAGUGGAGGCCAAAGAACUGAACUCCAAUGGGUACCCCACAGGCAAAGAAUCCAUUGUCCAGGUCCACAUCGAAGUGCUGGAUGAAAAUGACAACGCUCCAGAGUUUGCCCAGCCCUACCAGCCCAAAGUGUGUGAGAACGCUGCCCAGGGCAAGCUGGUCGUGCAAAUCUCGGCAAUAGAUAAGGACAUAACACCACGAGAUAUGAAGUUCAAAUUCUCUCUGAGCACUGAGGACAGCAACUUCACCCUGACAGAUAAUCACGAUAACACGGCCAACAUCACAGUCAAGUAUGGACAGUUUGACCGGGAGCGUGCCAAGGUCCACCACCUGCCUGUACUCAUCUCAGACAAUGGGAAGCCGAGCCUCACAGGCACCAACACGCUGGUCGUGACCAUCUGCAAGUGCAAUGAACAUGGCGAGUUCACCUACUGCGAGGAGAUGGCCGCGCAGGCAGGCGUCAGCAUCCAGGCGCUGGUAGCCAUCUUCCUCUGCAUCCUCACCAUCACAGUGAUCACCCUCCUCAUCUUCCUGCGGCGGCGGCUCCGGAAGCAGGCCCACGCACACGGAAAAAGCGUGCCCGAGAUCCAUGAGCAGCUGGUCACCUAUGAUGAGGAGGGCGGCGGCGAGAUGGACACCACCAGCUACGACGUGUCGGUGCUCAACUCGGCGCGGCAGGGUGGAGCCAAGCCCCCGCGGCCGACGCGGGAAGCGCAGCCUUCCGUCUAUGCGCAGGUGCAGAAGCCACCGCGGCACGGCGGCGCGGUGCAUGGUGGGCCGGGGGAGAUGGCUGCCAUGAUCGAGGUGAAGAAGGACGAGGCGGACCACGACGGUGCGGGCCCGCCCUACGAUACGCUGCACAUCUACGGCUUCGAGGGCUCCGAGUCCAUCGCCGAGUCCCUCAGCUCCCUGGUCACCGAUUCAUCCGACUCGGACGUCGAUUACGAUUUCCUCAAUGACUGGGGACCCAGAUUCAAGAUGCUGGCUGAGCUAUACCGCUCAGACCCUCUGGAGGAGCUGUUGUACUAGGGGGCUGUGGGCCCCCAGGUCUGGGGACCCAAACCUCCACAGCUCGGUCCAGUCGGACAACAGGCACUGAGCCCGCAAAUUGUAGCACUGACACCCCAGCCCAGCAGCCCUUUCUCGUGGGUCCCAGAGACUUCACCACCUUGGGUAGCAAACUCCAGGUCCCUGAAAUGUCCAGGAACAGAUUUCAGUGAUAGCUACCCCCUAAAUGGUGGAAGAUCCGGACUGGUGUUCUGUGUGGGCUUGGAUAUCCCUGUCACCUGGGACAACGGGUCCUAGUCAAAGACUUUCUGUGGCUCCUCAAAGCAGCUUAUGGUUCAACUGCCAGGGGAACCUCUUCCCUUGAUGUCCCAGAACCACCUGGUGGGAUGCCUGUCUGCCUGGAGGCAAAGGGCAUGGCCUGUGGGGCAAGACUCUCUGCAGCCCAGUCCCACGGGAGACUGGAACCAUCCAUCAUGCCAGCCCUGCUUCAACUUCCUCAUGUUCUCCCAAGUCCCCACCAUUCCCAGCUUCUCCCCAGGCCUGUCAAGGAGGAGAGGGCCCCUUGACAGCUACUGAACUUGGGUCCUGAAGUGACCUCACUGGCCUACCACACCUGUUACUGCUGUACUGAGCACUGAAAAUUCAACCAAAGUCAGUAAAAAUGGCUUGUUGAACUUUGAAGCAACUGUGAAUCCAUCCUGGAGGGACAGUGGAGACCAAGUGUGACAGAUCAUAUGGUGAGGGCCUGGAGUAGCUAUGACCCCAAUUUGAGGCUCAUUGACACCCCAUCAGUUUUGCCUGGGAAGUGGAGCAGAUGUUCCUGGAAAAGAAGACCUCUCCCCUUAUCUGCCUUGCCCAGUCACUCCUUCACGCUCUUUCUCUCUCUCUUCCCAUCUACCCCUUAUUGCUUGACUUGAAGGCCCUCAAGAUGUGACCCUUAGCAACUCUGGUCAAAGUCCAAAACCAAACACGACUGCACAACAAAACUGUCAUUUGCCUUUACACACCUCGUUUGUUGCCACAUCUCAGGAAACCCCAGCAGGGCCUCAUCCCUCAGCACACCCUGCCUUGCCUAUGUUCUGUGGUCAUCCGUGCAUCUCCCAUUUUAGCCAAAUCUGGAACAUUCCACUGCAAACACGCCCUGGGGAGGUGGCAUCACUCAACGGGAGAAAUCAGGAAAGGAGGCAAACUCUCCAACUCAUCCUUGGUAAGGGACUGAGGUUCCCCUCUGGGCAAGGCCCCUCACACUUCAGGAGACUGUAGAAUACACUUGACUUUUUUUUUUUUAAACCAAUAACUAGUUUUUGUUUUGUUUUGUUUUACUAAUAAUACUUAUAUAUUUCUAGCUCUCACAAACAUAUAGAAUAAGGGGUUUUGCAUGAUAAGCGGUUGCUAUUUAGGUUAACAAUUUUAAUUCAAAUGUUUUAGUUGGAUGAACAAAUUCCUGUAAUCUUUUUCAUGUCAUUGUAGUGAUUGCUCUAAUGAUAAUAACUAUAUGUUGGCCACACUGGUGCAUGGGAUGUACUGUAUUUUUUUAUACCUAAAUAAAGAAAAUUCUUGAAAUCCU